GGACACCCCGGAAGCGGAAGGCGGCGCCUCCUCGGCGGCCGAUUCGAGGGUUUGUUGUUAUAUCAGCUGGUGUCCUGCCAUGCCGUCCGAUGGUCGCUGCUGGGAAACUCUGAGGGCUCUCCGCAACUCCAGCAAAGGCCGCCUGCGCUACGACCGCGAGUGGCUGCUGCGCUACGAGGAUGUUUUGGAAGAAUGCAUGUCUCUUCCCAAACUAUCAUCUUACUCUGGAUGGGUGGUAGAUCACAUCCUACCCAACACCUCACACCACACACAAGAGAAUGCUCCUUCCUCUGAUAAUUCACCAUCCUCUGGAUCUGCUUCAGGCCUGUACCAAUCCUCACUACUUAAGUCUCCUGUCAGAAGUAGCCCGCAAUCCCCCACACCCUCAACACCAAAUGGAACCCAGAGCACACAUGAGUCCCCCUUCACAGAAUCUACUGCACCUCAGUCUUCCCGGGCGAUCAAAGUGGAAGGUUGCAUCCGAAUGUAUGAAUUGGCGCACAGGAUGAGAGGAACAGAGGGCCUGAGGCAGUGGCAGGAGGAACAGGAGAGGAAGGUGCGAGCCCUCUCAGAGAUGGCAUCCGAACAGCUGAAGAGGUUUGACGAGCUGAAGCAGCUGAAGCUGCAUAAGGAGUUCCAGGACUUACAGGAGGUGAUGGAGAAGAGUACCAGAGAAGCCCUGGGCCAUCAGGAGAGGCUGAAAGCAGAGCAUCGCCACAGAGCCAAGAUUCUCAACCUAAAGCUUCGAGAGGCAGAGCAGCAGCGUGUGAAGCAGGCAGAGCAGGAGCAGCUUCGGAAGGAGGAAGGCCAGGUCCGACUGCGCAGCCUGUACACCCUGCAAGAGGAGGUCCUGCAGCUCAACCAGCGGCUGGCUGCCUCCAGUCAGCACAGGGACCUGCUGACUGUGGACCUGGCUGCCUUCCAGACCCGGGGCAACCAGCUGUGUGGCCUCGUCUCCGCCAUCAUUCGCAGCACCUUGGAAAGUGGUUAUCCCACAGCAGAGAACCAAGCUGAGGCUGAGCGAGCCCUGCAGGAAAUGCGGGACCUCCUCUCAAAUUUGGAGCAGGAGAUCAACAGAGCCUCUGAAGUGAAGAGGAAGGAUGAAGAGGAGGCCCGGGUCAGGCUGCAGGAGUCCCAGGUGCAGCAGGGGCCAGGGGCUCCCACCCAGACCUCUGCACCUAGCCCAAGCCCAGUAGGGACGCAGAAUGAAGACCUGCAGGUGAAGGUAGAAGAUAGUACGAUGCAGUGGUACCAGCAACUUCAGGAUGCUUCUGCCAAAUGCGUGUUGGCCUUCGAGGACCUGACCAGCAGCAAGGACAGUCAGACCAAAAAGAUAAAGAUGGACUUGCAGAAGGCAGCCACCAUUCCGGUGAGCCAGAUCUCCACCAUCGCAGGUUCAAAGCUGAAGGAGGUCUUUGACAAGAUCCAUAGCCUGCUCUCUGGAAAGCCUGUUCAAUCUGGUGGGCGUUCCGUGUCUGUCACCCUUAACCCUCAGGGGCUGGACUUUGUCCAGUACAAACUGGCAGAGAAAUUUGUGAAACAAGGGGAGGAGGAAGUGGCCUCUCACCACGAAGCAGCAUUCCCCAUUGCAGUGGUGGCAUCUGGUAUCUGGAUGCUCCACCCCAGAGUGGGAGACCUCAUUCUUGCACAUCUGCACAAGAAGUGUCCCUACUCUGUUCCUUUCUACCCGGCUUUCAAGGAAGGGAUGGCGUUGGAGGAUUAUCAACGGAUGCUUGGCUACCAAGUGACGGAUUCCAAGGUUGAACAACAGGACAACUUUCUAAAGCGAAUGUCUGGGAUGAUCCGUUUGUAUGCCGCCAUCAUCCAGCUCCAGUGGCCUUAUGGAAAGCGGCAGGAGGGCCAUCCCCAUGGCUUAAAUCAUGGCUGGCGCUGGUUGGCACAGAUCUUAAACAUGGAGCCUCUCUCAGAUGUGACUGCUACUCUCCUGUUUGACUUCCUGGAGGUGUGUGGAAACGCCCUCAUGAAGCAGUACCAGGUCCAGUUCUGGAAGAUGAUACUUCUCAUCAAAGAGGACUACUUCCCCAGAAUUGAAGCUAUCACGAGCUCAGGACAGAUGGGCUCUUUCAUACGUCUGAAGCAGUUCUUGGAGAAAUGUCUGCAACGCAGGGAGAUUCCUGUCCCCAGAGGCUUCCUGACGUCCUCCUUCUGGCGAUCCUGAUGUCCUCUGCCACACUGUGUGGCAGGAGGGGCACCAAUAAAGCAACUGAGACAGCGGGUUUGGAAGAAUCAUGUCAGAUUAAGAAAUUCGUCAGUGUGUUUUUAUAUAUUUGUACCAUGUGAUUUGAUGCUCUUAUAGUUUUGUCAGUCUCUUGUCAGGUUUGGUAGUUCUAUAGGCGUCACAGACAGAUGCAGAACUGGCCUUUCUAAUUUUCACAAGUUACAAGAAGUAAGAAGGGGCAGUUACCUUUUCUUAGCACUACCUGCUUAACUCUGACUGUAUGUGAGCCCAUUUUCCCUUCAUGCUGCCCCAUUCCUGUUCAUACACAUACUUAGAGUAAACCUAAGAGUUCCUUUAAAAUAUCAGGUAAUGUUUUCAGUCUGGGGAUGAGGUAAAGUACCUUAUACUGUGGCUUGUGGAGUAUAUGUAUAUUCAGAAGACAUGGAUGAUGCUGGUGUGGACUGAAGGCUAGAGUGCAUCAGGAUAUUGGGUGCAUGGCUCAUGAGUGGGAACAUGCACUAGAGAGUGCUCUCUGUCUCCUUGAUUUGGAAUUUGGUCCCUGGCUGCUUGAGGAUGCUGUACUAGGUUAAGUCCCUUUGUGUUGUUUUUCUGAUAAGAAUUAAGAUGGGUUGGCAUAUAUGUGGCUUUGGUGUAAGGCAAAGCUCGUCAGUGAGUGCUUGGGUGUUGAGGAGGAGCUGACACUCCCACAUGGCACUUGGUAUUUGUUUUCCAAACAGACUGACUCUGUGCUGCAAAGCAGAGCCUCCACUCUGGGCGUGCAGGCCUCCCUCCCGUGGCAGGCAUUCUCAUCAGGACUCCCCACUGGCCUAAGCAUGUCAAUUGUGGACUAGAGUUCCCAAAAAAAGUAAUAAAGCUUGAAUUUUUAAAAA